AUGAAGUGGUUCUUCUUCCUGGGGCUGGUGGUCAUCUCUGAAGGCUUCAUCUGGGUCCCCUUGAAGAAAGGGAAGUCCCUAAGGCAGAACCUCCAAGAACAGGUUCUGUUGAAGGAUUUCCUGAAAAGACACCCAUGGAAUCAGGCAACUAAGUACUUUUCCAGCUUUGUAGCCACUGAAGAAGCUGGAGAACCCUUGGCCAACUACAUGGAUGUGAGUUGGUUGGAAGGGCCAGUAUUGAGAACCCCCCCACAAGAGCUCUCGGUCCUCUUUGAUACCAGAUCCUCCAACCUAUGGGUCCCCUCAGUCUGCUGCUUCAGCCUCACCUGCUCCAACCACAACCUGUUCGACCCUCUGAAGUCCUUCAGCUUCCAGCCCACCAGCCAGACCAUGGCCGUCCACUACGGCACCGGCCGCAUGACUGGGUUUCUUGCCUAUGACAUUGUCCAGAUUGGACAUAUUCUAGAUUCUAACCAAGCCCUUGGUCUGAGCAGCACUGAGCCUGGGAGUCCCCUGUACUAUACCCCUUUCUGUGGGAUCCUGGCUCUGGCUUACCCCUCCCUUGCAGUCUCUGAAGCUACCCCAGCCUUUGACAACAUGUGGGACCAUGGCCUGCUUUUAAAUGUCUUUGCUGUCUACCUGAGCUCGGAUGAGCAGAAGGGCAGAAUGGUGAUGUUUGUGGGUGUAGACUCUUCUUACUGCCAAGGAAACCUCAAUUGGGUACCUGUCUCUAACCCCGGAUACUGGCAGAUCCCUCUGGACAG